CGCUGCGUGCCAAACCGGCCGAAUGGGCGCGCCGGGGUAGGCAGGCGGCGAGAUAAGACGCCGCGAAAGCAGCGAGCUUGCGCUUGUCGCUGUCGCUCCUCCGGCCUCCACUCUGCACUCUCGUCUUCCUCACUCCCUCCCUCUCGCGCGCUUCUGCGCCACGAUCGACCGGCCGGUCCAUGGAGAAGGCGGCGUCCUUCCUCUCCUCCCUCCUCGGCGGCGGCGGCGGGGGGGACGGGCAGGCGGGGGAGCCGGCGGCGACGGUGGCGUCGAUCCUCAUUUACCCCAUCAAGUCCUGCAGGGGCGUCUCCGUGCCGCAGGCCCCCGUCACCUCCACCGGGUUCAGGUGGGACCGGCAGUGGGUGGUGGUGAACGCCAAGGGCAGGGCCCUCACGCAGCGGGUGGAGCCCAAGAUGGCGCUGGUGGAGACGGAGUUGCCGCCGGCGGCCUUCGACGAGGACUGGCAGCCCACCCCCGACUCCUACUUGGUUAUAAGAGCACCCGGGAUGGACACACUGAAGGUCCCUCUUGCUGCGGAACACGUCACGCUUGACGACGUCUCUGUCUGGGAGUGGUCUGGUUCUGCCUAUGAUGAAGGAACUGAAGCAGCUGAAUGGUUCUCCGCCUAUUUCGGGAAACCAAGUCGGCUCGUGCGGUUUAAAGAAGAGUCCGAAAUCAGGCCGACUAAUCCUGAGUAUGCUCAAGGCUACAAGAUCACCUUCACGGAUUGCUUCCCGUUCCUGAUAGCAUCCCAGGGAUCACUGGAUGCACUGAAUGAGCUGCUUAAGGAACCUGUACCAAUCAAUCGCUUCAGACCAAAUAUUUUAGUGGACGGAUGCCACCCGUACGCAGAGGAUCUGUGGAAAACCAUGAAGAUAAACAAGCUAACAUUUGACGGCGUGAAGUUAUGCGACCGUUGCAAGGUGCCUACCAUUAAUCAAGAGAACGGAAUACCUGGCAGCGAACCAACAGAAACCAUGCUGACAUUCCGGUCCGGUGAAGUGAUCCGCCCGAGCCACAAGAAUAAACAGAAGGUAUACUUUGGGCAAAACCUGGUCUGCAAGGAGUCGGUGUCAGCAAAGGGCAAAGGGAGGAUCGUCAAGGUCGGCGACCCGGUUUACGUUCUGCAGACAUACCCUUGUUCCGACGAAGUUCCAGCCUGAGCAAGGCCAUGGUAGCACCUACCAUAUCUGUUUUAUGUGUGUGUGUCGAAGAGAUUACCGGUCAAUUGAUUUUGUGCACGCAUUACGUAAAUUGAACUUAGCAAUAAAAGCUCGAGGAGCAUGAUCGUCAUGCCCUCCAUGUCAAACAAUAUCAUACCAUCUGGUUCUUUAGUCUGUCGAACGGUAUAAUACAGUUCUCAGUGGUCACUGAUGUUCAGUUA